GAACCUCUGGCGCAGUCGCGUUCGGCGGAUCCCGGUGCGGAGGUAAAAAUGGGCAGCGAGACGGGGGGCCGUUAUUUUCAGUACGUUCAGAACGUUUUCAGCGCGGAAAGUCUGUGCGGGCACCGUUAGAAAUUUCUCGUCAAUUAAGUAGAUAUUGUCGCCGAACCGUUGCACAAUUUUGCUCUGCCUUUCGCGUUUGGGUGACCCCCGACUUCGAGAAAAUCGAUACCUAACUUUCAGAUACGUCACAGAAAAUGCAACGCCAUCAAGUCGCUGCUUAAAUAACCCUCUGCAGCAACGCGAACGUAGUUUCCACCAACCGUCUGAUUAACCAAAACCGUCCUUGAUGAUAGGUCACGGGGACGAAACGCUCGACCCUCCCGCACCGCACGUCCGAAUCGGCAGAGACCCGAGGCAAAGCCUCCAAGGCUGGUCCAAGCGCUGGAUGAAAAUUUACAAGACCUACAUCCCGAUUAAUUGAAGCGCGCCCUUCGACACCCUUUUUGGCCCUUUUUUCCUUUUUGAGUUUCCCACAUGGACCGCACCCUCGCCCCUUUGGCGUCGCUGUCGACGGUCGUGCCCUCUCUAGAAUCCACCCCCGCGAAAUCCCUCGACUUGGACUUCGUGGUGCCUAUAGAUAAGUCGGAGGUUAAGUUCCAAACGGAUUCGAUAUCUUCAGCUUCCUCGUCGAGCUCCGAGACUGACGAGGACAAACCGAAAAUCCCCGACGGCGGUUGGGGUUGGGUUGUGGUGUUCGCCUCCUUAUUAAUCUCGAUGAUUGCCGACGGUAUUAGUUUUUCAAUCGGCCAUCUCCACGUCAAAUUCUUGGAGGAGUUCGAAGCCUCCAACUCCGUCACUUCCUGGAUCGGUAGUCUCUUUAUAGCCGUGCCUCUGCUGACCGGGCCGAUAAUGAGCGUUUUGGUGGAUAGAUACGGAUGCAGACCCAUGACCAUAGUGGGCGGUAUUAUUUCGGCCGUUGGGUUUUGUAUCAGCUCCAAAGCGGAAUCCAUAGGGGUUAUGUAUUUAACGUUUGGAGUAUUAGCGGGGCUGGGGUUGGGUUUGAUCUACGUCACCGCCGUUGUAUCCAUAGCUUUCUGGUUCGACAAAAAGAGAACUCUGGCGGUAGGGCUGGGCGCCUCCGGUACAGGACUUGGAACAUUCAUCUUCUCCCCGUUAACGUCAUUUUUGAUAUCCGAAUACGGAUGGAGGGGUACCUCGUUAAUCCUCGGAGGGUGCUUUUUAAACAUGUGCGUGGCGGGUGCUCUGAUGAGAGACCCUGACUGGAUCACGGAACAAAAUUGCAAGUCGAAAUCGAUGAAGUCUGACAAAUCGAGCAAGACCAGCUUGGUGUCGGUAUCAUCUGCGAAUCCAGCAAAUUUCAUCGACAUAAACGAGCUAAAGUCCCUCCUGAAGAGCGGCAAGGACGUCGAGUUCCUCCUCCAGAAGCUGGAAACUUCCAUGGACAACGAAGACAAAGACAAACUGAAGAGAUACGUCCAUUCGGUACUCAGCCUCCCCACUUUCGUCAAAGAAAACGAGAAGGUUCCUUUGGAAGUUUUGGAACAACUUAGCUUGAACAAAAAACUGUACAACGUUAUUCUGGAGAACUACCCGAGUUUGAUUUUGUGUCGAAGCUCUUCGGCUGGUCACGAGCUUAACAAAAUGCCCGACGCACCCAUGGACAGAAUACCGGUCACCGUGUCCUUGAAGUUGAAGAAACAGGAAAGACCCAAACUGACCUCCGAAAAGCCUAAAUCUCCUCCCCUGCAGCAGCAUUCUCUACCUGAACAAGAUACGGCUGCUCACGAACCCCUUCUGAACGGCAAGAACCCCCCGCCCGUAAGGCCCAACGUUUCGUUUCCGUGGUUGAAACAGGCACAAAGGCCUCAUUAUCUAAAAAACCUGAAGCUGCACAGGCAGUCGUUGAUACAUAGGGGCGGGGCCAUGUUUAACAUAAACAAGUACAGGUUCAAGGCGUCCAGUUGUCCUAACAUCUACAGGGUGUCGAUGAUGACGCUUCCCGAGAAGGACGACGAGAAAUGGUACACGGAAAUAAUUGGUUCGGUGAAGGGCAUGUUCGGCUAUUCUUUAUUCUUAGAGCUCCACUUUUUCUUGCUGUCCUUGUCUACGAUAACGCUUUUUGUUUGGUUUAUAGUGCCGUAUUUUUACCUCGCCGAACUCAUGCCGAAAUACCAAUACACCAACAAGCAAAUAUCACUCACCAUUUCAAAUAUCGGCGCUACCAACACCAUCGGCAUGAUACUUUUGGGAUGGGCAGGUGACCAAGAUUGGAUGAACAUCACGAAAACGUACGCUGUCUGUUUGGUCCUGUGCGGAAUCUCUUGCGCAGGCAUCAUAUUUUUCAUCGACAAUUACAUAAUGCUUCAGGUAUCCGCGGCCAUGUUCGGUCUCUUUUUAUCGAGCUCGUUUUCCUUCACGCCCGGUAUUUUGGUAGAACUGCUCCCGUUGGAACGGUUUACCAUCGCCUACGGGCUCCAAUUACUAUGCAUGGGAAUCGGCACCUUGGUGGGACCUCCUUUUGCGGGUCUUUUGUACGAUUUGACCAGCAGCUGGGAACAGUCGUUCUAUCAGGCGGCCAUUUGGAUAGUACUCUCUGGCAUUUUUAUAGCCUACAUACCGUAUACGAGGAACAAGAAGAUAUUGGGGAAGGGAGCAGUAGAAAAGGAACUAGAAGAGUCUGAGAACAACGUGAUAUUUUUAAUAUUUUUGACGAUCGCUUUGGUAAUAAUGUUAACUCUUGUCGCUUACAUGAUAGUGACUUAUCUGACGUAAUUUUUAAACUAGAUUUUUGUUAUACCGGACCAGUAUCUUUGAAGUUAUACUUGAGGGAUGUUUACCUCGCUCUUUACGCAAUAGAUGCACAAUUCCAAUAUUUGUUUGUAUAUUUAGUCAAUAUAAUCCAGUUAUCAAC